UUAUGUUAAAGAGCUAGAUUUUCUAUUAUAUCCUCAGAUUACAAGCAUCAGAAUCCAUUAUAACUUUGGCAAAAGAUCCAACCUUGCAGCAGUUUCUGAACAACACCCCAAAGAAAGAAAGUAUGGGAGAUAAGGAUAUUUACCAGCCUGGAUGUCUAAGAAAAGGAAAUUAUCGCAAAGGAAAGCUGAUGACCCAGCCUUUAAGUGAGUGCUUGGAAGAAGCCACUGUUGAAGCUGCUGGUCUUCUCGGCCAUAUGAAAGCUACACCAUUCAGAGCUAUCAUAACAGAAAAGCAGACAUUAGUGAAUUCAGACUCACCAAUUGUAUACGUGGAUGAUCAGCAUCAGCAUCACCUUGGUAUCUUCAAAAAAGGUCUCAAGGUAGAAAACAGAGAACUGGUUGCAGUAGAGACAAUCAACUUCUGCAAGGAUGAUGCAAACAACCAAGUCUUUGGAAGUUUUCAAUGCCCAAAGGUUGAAAGAACAGGCAGUACUACAAUCUUAUCUCCUGACCACAUAAUUGACCAGGCCUGCCUCAUCCACGAUUGCUCUAAUGGAAACUGCUCCUUCAGGGAAACAGAAUCAACAGUUACUGUUGAAAGAGAAGCGGUGAAAAAAGUAUUGUAUAACUUUAUACAUAACGAAAAUCACCAAUACUACUUGGUGAACAAGUUUUAUCUUGGAGAAACUCUCAAAUAUUUUAAUUUUGACUAA